GAUAAACCUUUUUGAGUGCAAUGUUUACUGUUAAUUUCAGAUAUUAUUUUGUCGAUGUCGUUUUGUGUCUUCUCACUUUCGUUCACUUGUUUUGGCACAGUAAACAUGUUGCCCAUGCCCGUUGAUGGACACUGUGUAGGGGGAGGAAGACAGAGUAUCAUUGUGGCUAUGAUGCACCCUGGAUAGAACACGGCACAAGUGAGAGAAAACAGCAUCUACCAGGCGAGCAGAGAGAAUACGGAAAGAGUAAAACACAUCGCGUCUCUAAAUAGACGUCAGAAAAAGAGAAGUGUGAGAAAAGAGAAAGAGAGAGAGAGAGAGAGAGAGAUGUGUAGAGCUAACUAGUAGAUACACUAGUGUCCACAGUAGCAGAGUGUCUUAAGGGAGGGACAGAGAGAGAGACAGCCACUGAGACCCUAGUGGGAUUGCAGACUAUACUGGGACAGACUGAUUGUGUGGAUUAACCAAAUAACACCGACAGGAUACGGAAUAACAGAUCACGGUUAAAGAGGAGAAGGAAGGAGAGAAAAGAGGAAGAAAGAGGGAGGUGAUAUACAGACAGACGGUCGAGUUUUGACAGGCGUGAAGGAGAUUCAUGGGUAACCUCCUGAAAGUGCUGGCUUGCUCCGAUCUUGAGCAUGGCCCAAUCAUUUUCCUUGACUUUGAACAUGCCCAGCCCACGGAGGCAGAGACGGCGGUAUGGAACCAGGUCAGUGCUGUCCUGGAAGAGGCCCACGGCAUCCUGGCUGAACUACAGUCUUAUAACGGGGCGGGACAGGAGAUACGAGAGGCCAUCCAGAACCCAGGUGAUCUGCAGCUACAGGAGAAGGCCUGGAACGCAGUCUGCCCCCUGGUGGCCAAACUCAAACGCUUCUACGAGUUCUCCCUCCGACUGGAGAAUGCACUGCGUAGCCUGCUGGAGGCGCUGACGAGCCCUCCCUACGCUCCCAUGCAGCACCUGGAGAGAGAACAGGCCCUGGCCAAACAGUUCGCUGAGAUACUCCACUUUACCCUCAGCUUCGACGAACUAAAGAUGACAAACCCAGCCAUUCAGAAUGAUUUCAGCUACUACAGGAGAACCAUCAGUAGGAACAGGCUGAACAACCAGCAGUUGGAGGCAGAGAACGAGGUGAACAACGAGAUGGCCAAUCGGAUGUCUCUGUUCUACGCCGAGGCCACGCCCAUGCUGAAGACCCUGAGUAACGCCACCACCAAGUUCGUGUCAGAGAAUAAGACCUUACCCAUUGAAGACACCACAGACUGCCUGAGCACCAUGGCCUGUGUGUGUCGCGUCAUGCUGGAGACCCCUGAGUACCGCUGUAGGUUCACCAACACAGACACCGUAUUGUUCUGUAUGAGGGUGAUGGUGGGAGUGAUCAUCCUGUACGACCAUGUCCACCCUGUAGGAGCCUUCGCCAAGACAUCCAAAAUAGACAUGAAGGGUUGCAUCAAGGUGCUGAAAGAACAGCCUUCCAACAGCGUGGAGGGACUACUGAACGCACUGAGGUAUACGACCAGACAUCUAAACGACGACAGCACCUCCAAACAAAUCAGGGCUCUUCUUCAAUGAGAGAUGGAAGAGAGGCGAGAGAGAGAGAGAGAGAGAGAGAGAGAGAGAGAGAGUGCACACAGAGGGAGGAGAAGAAAAAACCGAGGGAGAACAAACUGUGGUGGCUGAAUCCUGUUUGUUUACAAGAAUGAAAAGCUAAAUGAUCAGGUCUGAUAAAAAAAAAAGAACUGAUGAAAAGAAGAAGUUUAUGUAUUGUUCAUCAUUCUGUCUCUCAUUUUGUAAAAAAAGAAAAUGAAGGAAAAUAAUCUAUAGAGAUAUAUAUUAAAGAGAGAAAAAAACAAAACAAGUGUUACCAGAUUUCUAAUAAGUAAGACUAAAGAGGAAGAACAACAAGGAAAAAAGAUAUAUUAGAAAAAUAUAUGGUCACGAAAUAAAACUGAAGCAAAAAAAUGAAAAUAAACAAAAAGGUUCAUAUUCCAACAACGUUAGUCUGAAGAAUAUUUUUGCAUUCACGUAGAAUAUAAACAACACUGUUUGUCAGUCUCCACCUAGUCGCUGGAAAGAUUUUAACCAGGCUCCAUUACAAACUGUAAAGAAUAGACUGGGAUUGACAAAACGGCCUGAUUCCAAACCAAUGGCUUCUUCUUUUCCAAAAGACCUUGUUGACUCCCCUUGAUCUAAAAUGACUUGGAGUUGGAAGCAUUAUGGUGGAAACACUUCAUAACAUACCAGAAGGCUAAUGGGAGCUUUAACCGUAUUGCUGAUACCAAUCCAAACAAUUUGUCAGAUUGUCAACAAGGUCCUAGGGUACGGGGAGAGGUAUUGGUUUGGGACCGGGCCCCUGUGUAGAUUAUGCUCAGUCACUGCAUUGAGGGUCCAUCCCAAUAGUUUGAAGGGGCUUCCUCUUCUCCUCGUCUCCUCUCCUUGUCUCCCCUCCUCCAUUUACACUGAACUGAAAACACAGGCGUUAAGUAAGUAUUGCAGAUGAAAAAAAGGGGACGAGGAGAUAAGGAGAGGAAGCUAUUUUACUGUAUUCACAUGCCCCCAGACACUGCUCAUCACACACCCACUCCGACCCCCCCCCCCCCUCACCCCCCCACCCCCCUCCCACCUACUUGAAUCGUAACCACGGGAACUGUGGGAGUUUUUGGCACUAGUACGUGAUGUUAUGCCGUAAAUGGAGUUUGUGAAGAAUUUUGGUGAUUCAGCCCUCUCUUUAUGGUGCUAAAACUUUUUAACUAUCUACAUAAAACCUCACACAACAUUUCAUACACCUAGUGCCAAAGCUACUGCAUCAUCAGCAGGUGAGGAUUGGGUUAAAGGAGAUACUGACGGCUAGCCUUGUAACACUGCUUGGUGUCUACCUUUAGGGGGUUAAAGGAGAUACUGACUGCUAGCCUUGUAACACUGCUUGGUGUCUAUCUUUAGGGGGUUAAAGGAGAUACUGACUGACGGCUAGCCUUGUAACACUGCUUGGUGUCUAUCUUUAGGGGGUUAAAGGAGAUACUGACUGACUGCUUGCCUUGUAACACUGCUUGGUGUCUAUUUUUAGGGGGUUAAAGGAGAUACUGACUGACUGCUUGCCUUGUAACACUGCUUGGUGUCUAUAUUUAGGGGGUCCAAAAGGCUCCAGGACAUCACAGUCUACUGCUCCAAUCCCUACAUAGCCAACCAGCCAUCAGUAAACCAUAUUCUGUACAUUGUGAAAUCUUGGAUGUGCCAUCUUGGAUGUUUUAGGGAAUACUCUAUUGAAACAUAAAGAGAAGGGCAGAGACUAUCAGAGAGGGACAAAGACCUUAUCAUAACAAGAGGGUAUAUAAACACACACACACAUAUAUGCACACAGGCACAGUCAUUAGAUUACUCAUAGAGUCGCAGUGUAAAUAAGUGAGCAAGCUGAGUAUUUUCUCAUCAGGCACCUACAAGGCCAGCUCUGGUCCUCCAGGAUAGAAUACACAACAACAAUAACAAAUGUGCUUAUGUUCCACUAGACAUUUCUUCUUUUAGUAUGAGGCAAAUAAAACAAAUGUUGUUGAUAAAGUAGGUAUUGAAAAUAAAGAAGUUGAAAAAGGAGAUUUAAUUAGCAGAGCUGUACUUUCCAUGUCUAUAGACCUUAGUCUAACUUCAGUUGAUCUUAGAAUAUAUUUUCUAUACAGGGAUAUGUGGUACAAGCAUAUUCUGUAUAAAUAUAUAGACGGCAUGGUGUAAAAGUUCUGACAAAAAUGUGUACAUAAAAGGUGUUUUUAUUCAUUUUUAAUUGUUCAGUGAAGCUGAAAUUGGGUAUGUGUUGUCUCUCUCAGAAAUACCAUGGCUUGGCUUGGACCAUUGAACUUGCUGUAGUGAGUCAUAGGUUUAAAAAAAAUAAAAAUAAAAUCCCAACCUCAUCUUGGCGAAUGAAACGGCGGGAAGGGUGGGACUAAGGGUGAGCUGUCCAUUUGCUUGUUAUUUUGUACAUUUUGUGCAACAAUAAAACUUGUCAUUUAUUACAUUCAA